UUCAAACAUCUCCCGGCCAGAUCAGACUGUUACAAAGGUAAUCAUCAGGAGUAUCAUCGAAGAUAGAUCGGAUAGACAAUUCCACAGAGUACCAUGCCUAAAGCAGUGUCCCAACGACUCUCACGCAAUGUCAUCAGCGCACCGACGAGCGCAAGCAGCCGACCAGCGAACAAGAACAAGUCGGGAGGAGGCGGUGGUGGUGAUGGAAAUGCCGAAGCGUCGGGGAGUGGAGGUGGAAAGAAUCACUUGUUCGAUACGGCUAAGUUUGGACAGCACAUCUUGACGAAUCCGCUCGUUGCUCAGGGGAUCGUUGACAAGGCCACCCUCAAGCCCACCGAUAUCGUCCUCGAAGUAGGUCCCGGAACAGGAAACUUGACCGUCAGGAUCCUUGAAGCCUGUCGAAAAGUCGUGGCCGUCGAGAUGGAUCCGAGGAUGGCGGCCGAGGUGCAGAAGCGGGUUCUGGGCAAACCUGAACAGAGAAAGCUCGAGUUGAUCAUUGGGGAUUUCGUAAAGGCGGAGUUGCCGUACUUUGACGUCUGCAUCAGUAACACACCGUAUCAGAUCUCGUCACCUCUCGUCUUCAAACUCCUCUCCCACCGCCCUAUCAUCCGAACCGCCGUCCUCAUGUUCCAAAGAGAAUUCGCCCUCCGACUAUGUGCCACCCCCGCUACCCCUCUCUGGUGUCGUCUGAGCGCCAACGUCCAGCUCUUCGCCACGGUCGAACACGUCAUGAAGGUGGGCAAGGGAAACUUCCGGCCUCCACCUUUGGUAGAAAGUUCGGUCGUGAGAAUGUCGCCUAGGGACCCACCGCCCAAGGUCAGAUUCGAAGAGUUUGACGGGUUGAACCGAGUGAUCUUUAGUCGGCGGAACAAGACGGUACGAGCGUGUUUCCAGGCCAAGGGGGUCAAGGAGCUCUUGGAGGGGAACUACAAGACGUGGUGCGCUGAGACUGGCAAGAUAAUCGAGGACGAGCUCGAUUUCAAGGCCAAGAUCGAGACGAUCCUGCAGGAAUCCGGCUACGCGGAGGAACGAGCAGCCAAGAUGGAUGUGGACGAUCUGCUAAAACUGUUGGCAGCUUUCAACGUGGAGGGAAUCCACUUUGCAUGAUCGCUUGUCGGCCACGGUCUACAAGUUGAUGUGGCUUCUGAGUAUCUAUCGCAUGUUGUGUCUGUGUAACAAUGGUGUACGGCAUACGACCUUGACGAGUCGUGGUGUAGCGUUUACAACGUAUUUCAUUCUCCUGGCCGAUCCGGAACGA